AUGAAAAAUAAACAAAAACAUAAAAAUUCUUUAAAAAACAGCGAGGAUAAUGAAUCAAUAAAAAUUGAACCAAAUAUCAAGAUUCCAGUAAAAUGGCCAUAUUUACUAAAUAUUGUAUUUAGUAAAGAUAUUUCAAGGUCCAACAUCUUGGAACUACGUGUUUCUGAGACCACUUUAAAUCAAAUGACAAUUGCAAAUGGAACACUCUGUGUAUUAAGGUAUUUCGAAAAAUCUCUAUGUGUGACAAUUAGAUCGUUGGAGCCAAAUGUUAAAUUUGGAGAUAACCAGGGACUAAUAGGAGAAUUAGUUAUUAAUAAUUUAAAUAUAAUAGAUGAAAAUAUUGGCCAAUUAGAAAUAAUACCUUUUAGAAGUUUUGCAAAAGAUAUGAAUAUUAAUACUGAAAUGAAUAAGCACUGUAUAUUAAAAUUUUUUGGAAUUCUUGACAUAAAUAGUUCUACAAAUAAUAGUAUGAAGAAUUUGUUAAAAUCUCCUCCAGAAUAUAUUAAUGAUAACAAGAGUAUUCAACAAAUGAUCAUUUCAAGGUCUAGAGGAACUUGUGUAUUUCAAGGUAAUAUUAUUCCAAUCCAAAUUGCUUCAAUGGUUUAUUAUUUUAAUGUAUUUGAAUUUGAUAAAAACCAGGAAUUUUUAGAAAACUAUUCAAAAAUUGUGAAAAUAGGUAACCAAACAAAAAUUGAAUUGGUUUUUGAAAAUAAAUUAGUUGAUAUUAAACAGAUGAAUAAAAAUGAGGAAAAUAUAAUAAAAAAUGAUAUUAAUUCUUCAAUUAAAGGCCAAAGAAAAUACGGAAUGGAUAAGAUAGGAGGAAUGAAACAAUUAAAAGAUGAAAUUAAUAAGUGCAUUAUUAAUCCUUUGAAAUUUUCAAAAAUUUAUUCUUCUUUUGGAAUUAAACCCUCAAAAGGAAUAUUAUUAUAUGGACCACCAGGGACAGGAAAAACCUUGAUUGCUCGCUCUAUUGCGGAAGAAAUUGAGCUAAUUGAAACUUUUGAACAAGAAGAAUCUGGUUUAGAAUUGUCUGUUGAUUUUAUUGUUAUAGAUGGAAGUAAUAUAAGUAAUAGUACAGGUGAUGAAGAUAAUCAUUUCUUUAAAUGUAUUCAAAAAGUAAAGGAUAAUUCAAAAAAAGAAAAAAUCAUAUACAGCAUAUUAUUUAUUGAUGAAAUUGAUAUGAUUUGUGGUAAUAGAGAUAGUUUUUCAGGAAUAAAUGAUCAAAACAAAAAAUAUCUAACAGCAAUUUUGUCUUUACUUGACGGAUUUGAUGAUAAUAAUAGGGUAAUAUUAAUUGCAACAACAAACAAACCUAAUGAAAUAGAUCCUGCAUUAAGAAGAGCCGGAAGAAUUGAUCGUGAAAUAGCUGUUGAAGUACCAAAUAGCCUAGAAAGAAGAGAAAUUAUUGAGCUUAUUCUAAGCGAAAUUCCAAAUAGUCUAAAUGACUCUGAAAUAGAUUCUCUUGUUAAUGAAACACAAGCGUUUGUUGGCGCAGAUUUAAAGAUGCUAAUUAACGAAUCUAUAAAUACAUUUUUAGAAAGAACUACUAAGCUUGAACUUAUUGACAAUGGUAAAAGUCUGCUUCUUUCAUUUGAAGAUAUUCACAAUAGUGUUAAAAAUAUUAAGCCCUCUGCACUUAGAGAGCUUGCUAUUGAAAUCCCUAAAACUCAUUGGAGCGAUAUAGGAGGAUAUGAAGAAGUCAAGGAACAACUUAAAGAGUGUGUUGAAUGGCCAUUAAUCCACUCUGAUCUUUUUGAAUAUAUGAAAAUAAAGCCUCCAAGUGGAGUUUUACUCUAUGGCCCACCUGGAUGUUCAAAAACAUUAAUGGCAAAAGCUGUUGCUACUGAAAGUAAGAUGAACUUUAUUAGUGUAAAGGGUCCUGAACUUUUUUCAAAAUGGGUAGGAGAAUCUGAAAAGUCUAUACGUGAAAUCUUUAGAAAAGCUAGACAAAACUCUCCUUGCAUAAUUUUUUUUGAUGAAAUUGAUGCAAUUGGUGUAAAUAGAGAAAGUACAUCAAACACUUCUGAUGUUAGUACAAGAGUUCUUUCACAAAUGUUGAAUGAAAUGGAUGGAAUCACUACAAAUAAACAAGUUAUUGUAAUUGGGGCAACUAAUAGACCUGAUUUAUUAGAUUCUGCAUUACUCAGACCUGGAAGACUUGAUCGAAUUAUUUAUAUUGGACUUCCAAAUUCUAAGGCAAGAAAGAAAAUUCUUAAUAUUUAUUUAAAAUCAACAAAUUAUAUUCAAAAUAAUAAUAAAAAUAAUAAUAAACCUGCUUUUGAAAGAAAUUUAAUUUCUGAAAAUUUAGAUAAUUCUAAAAUCAUAAAUAAUAAAACUAAAGAUAGUGAUAUUACUGAGUUAUGUAGUAAUAUAAAUAACAUGGAAAUUUUUGAUAAUUAUGAUGAAAUGAUUGAUUUACUAGUAAAUCUAACAAAUGGUUAUAGUGGUGCUGAACUUGCUUUAUUAUGCAGAGAAACUAUGAUGCAGGUUAUUAGAAGAACUAUUACAAAUAACUUUGAUUCUAUCAAAGACUCAAUUAGUAACCAUAUUAUGUUUACUUGGGAAGAUAUAUUGUUUGCUUUAGAUAAAGUAAAGCCUCGAAUCCCUAAUUCAUUAAUAGAAUUUUAUGAAAAUUACAACAAAAAAAACAAUAUAAUAUAA